CGUCCUCUUCCCAGCUGCUGCCUGAUCUUUUAUCCCACACUUGCCGCUUGCUGCCCGGGAACUGGGCUGCUGGGGGAAGGUCGCCGACGGGAUCGAUGGAAGAUUUGUCUACGUUUACGGACGGAGAGGUGGCCGAAGAAGCGAAGCGGCAGGCUCCAGGCCAAGGAAGCUCUGAAGGUAGUCAUAGUACUCUUUUGCAAGGCAUGAAGGAGCAGGAAACAAGAAAAGGAAAGGCGGCUGUUGGAUCCACUGAGCUUAUGAGGGAGGAUCUGGUUCAGAGUGCUGUUAGUUUUUUGAAACAUCCGAAAGUAGUAACCUCUUUGGAUGGACAGAGGCGAUCUUUCCUUGAAAACAAAGGACUCACUGUGGAUGAAAUAGAUGAAGCAUUUCGGCGUUUACAAAGCCCAUCUUCGAAUUCUUUGAGCUCAAAUGCUUGCACAUCUCAAGAGAGGAUUGAACCUGAGACUGAACCGGUGGCCCCUGUGGUGCCUCGUCAUCCAAAAUCAUAUAUGGAGAUCAUGGAAAUGAUACAGAGGGGUGAGCGGCCAGAUGAUAUCCAGGAUAUUAAUGAUGACCCUCCAAACCCUGAUCAACCAAUCUCAGAACCCCGUAUGGCACCGAAACCCAAGCCAUGGGAAAAGCAAGGUCAAGAAAGUUCGGCCUGGGAUUUGAAAUCAUCAUCAAGUGACUCGAGCGAAUUGAGAUCAGAAGUUCAACAAGACAGCACCAACAAGGCUAUGAAGUCAGCCGACAGCUCACACCAAGGGCAAGGGGGCUCACUGCUGCAACAAGAAGUAGCUGCAGGCUCUGAAUCUCCAACAGUGGCUGCUGCCACUUCGUAGUCGUAACCACAGUAUCGCACAGUGAUGUAAUGAAACAUAUAUGGAAAAAAGAAAGUUGUCUGGGCAUAGAGCUUGCUAAAGAUGCUUCAGAUCCCAAUACCAAACCACUCUUCUAAAUUCUGGGACACCUGCAAUUCUCAGGAGCUAUUUGAGUUGAAACUUCUCCCACUUUCUUUCUUUGGACAGUUUGUCCAUACAAUCUGUACUUGACUGCCCUUCAAAUGCACAUUAGCGUAUAAAUAAAUACAUUAAAAAGGCAACGCUUAUCCU